UCACCCUUUCCACACGUGUGGUGGAGAAAUACCUGUCCGACGUUAUGCCUAUUUAUUAUAAGUUUGUCGUGUAAAAACAACGUAACGAAUACAAGAAAGGUUCUCCCUGAUGUAAAUAAGGAGUGAAGGGUGCACCAUGUGGCCGUGGGAAUGGAAAGAUACGUUGAAACGGCGCAAGGAUGGAUACGGUCCUGUAAACACUGACGAUGAUGAAUCUAAAUCUAAACGGCACAAACAACUAACAAAACCCUUAUUAGAUAAUAACUACAAAAAAGGAUUCAUUGCGAUUUUAGUCAUAGCAGCUAUAAUUCUAUUUUUUGGCUGGCCUCGGGGAGGCUUCAAAGGAGAGGUCCCUGAUGUGUCUCACAUUAAACAUCGCUACAAAAGCCACGGUAGUCUCACCUUCAAAAGCGGAGAGUUUUAUCUUGAUAAAUAUCCAAUCAAAAUUAUCAGUGGUACCAUGCACUACUUCCGAGUUGUCCCGAGCUAUUGGGAGGAACGUAUGUUAAAAAUGAAAGAGUGUGGAUUAAACACGCUGCAAACAUCAAUUCCAUGGAAUCUACAUGAGAAGGAACAAGGGAUAUAUGACUUUGGUCAGAAUCUAAACUUGGGAGAGUUCCUGGAAACGGCCAAAAGGGUGGGGCUUCACGUCAUUGUCAGUAUUGGGCCCUACAUUGGCAGUGACCUUGAACUUGGAGGUCUUCCAAGUUGGUUGUUACGCGACCCUGACAAG